AUGCCCGUACUGACGCAUUUCGUCCGGGCGCCGCGAUCGCCUCUCGGCCCUAGGCGGCGCUUGCUUGGCUCCUUCUUCCCCAACGCCGGUGGUUUAUUAAAGGACGCGGUUCCACUGGCCUCGCGCUCGGGCCUCCUUCUCGUGCGCCUCCGCUCAAGCCUGUACUGGGAUGAUGAUGAACGGGAACUCGUCCGCCUGGCCGUGUGCAACCCACUCGCCGGCACAUGGGACGAACUACCACCGCUGCACCGUGGAUCAUCCAUCAUGAGCGAAGAGGCCCAAUGCGCCAUUCUAACAGACACAGACCACGGUCCGAAGGGACGGCCACGAAAACCAUUGCCAGGCUACACAACAUUCUUCAAAGUGACGGUCAUCAUGUUGGGAUAUCAUAGGGGGCCUUACAGCAUGUACACUUUCUCUUCCGCUGAGUCAAGUUGGAGCGCACCUAGAAGGUGCUUUGCGCCUCUGGAGUAUACCUUCGUCCAUGGCAACCCUGUCGUGUCUCGGGGCAAGGUGCACUGGCUCAUCAAGGGCUUGGGCAACGUUUGGACCCUUGGAUUCUGCAUUGAGACCGAGCACAUAUCCAUAACAGAGCUUCCGAUUCCACAGGACUUCUGCGAAUACAGCAGCUUCAACCAUGCACUUGUGCUUAGCGUGGCAGCUAAUGGCAAAUUAUCACUGAUUUGCCUACAUAAAAAUUUCCUCCAGGUACAGAUAUUUACAUGUAAAGGUAACGAAGGGGAUGGCAAUGGCGUUGCCGAUGCACUACAUACUGAGGUCAUCAAGCUCAAACGCAAACCAAGGCAAACCACCAAAGCACUCUACAUGUAUGUGGGCGAGAAGAGCACGACACUGCUUGUCAUUGACCAACGCAAGUUCAUGUGCAUUGUCAAUCUCGAAACAGGGACAAUUGAUGAGGUCACGGGCAUGUCUGGCUACUUUAAAGGACAUACCGUCGUGCCAUUCGAGAUUGAUUGGUCGUCCUUCUUCAUGUCCAGCUUGGAGGCCCAUUGA